AAGAGUCAGUUUAAAUAGUUCAUAAUUGACCAUGAGCAGCUGUUCAAACAGUCUGUGUGCAGGCUCGGAGCUCAGCUGCUCUCUAACGCACACACUCAGCAUGCUGGACUCUGCUGCAGAGCUGAUGAUGGUGCACACAGACUUCCAGGCAGCCUUCGAGACGUGUGAACGAGGCCUGCACAGCCUGGCCAACACGGAGCAAGAGGACAGCAACAGAUGUGCAGAGUUCAAAGCCGGUUUCUGCAUCUUAGGGGUUCAAGCACUGGCUGAGCUCAAUCAGUGGCAGGGUGUCCUCUCCUGGGUCCUCCAGCAGUAUGAACAGCAGGAGAGAAUACCAGCUAAAAUAAUGCAGAUGUGCAUUCUUCUUUACUCCAAAGUGGGAGAGCCAGCAGUGAUGCAGGACGCCGCCAGAGUCUGGUUACACUGUCCGUCCAACGGUGGUGUGACGGGGUUCGCGACGGUGGCAGAGCUGUACUUGCUGCACGUCCUCGUCCCUCUCGGACACAAAGACGAGGCUGUGGGGCUGAUCGUCGGCGAGGUCGGGAGCAGUGCGUUCACAGAGGACCAGAGGCAGAUAGCGCUGGAUGUGGUGGAAGAAAAAGAGCGAGAGAAACAAGAACAGACUCUAAAUCCCAGGAGCAGCCCGAACUCUGAAACCACCGCACAGACUGUCUCAACUAAAGGAGUUGUAAUCCGCAAACUUGAAGGCAUGCUCAGGUUUUUCUACAGAAAUCUGCUGCUGACUCGCUCUGGCUCAUUCUCUCUGCGGAGUGUCUUUCUGGCUGUCGUCCUUCUCUACAUGCUUUUCCUUCGAUUGGAUCCAGCUCAUCCGUCUUCAUUCAUGUGGAUUUCCAAACUUCUUCAACUGCUCAAACAGAUGUGGAGUGCCAUGUUUGCACCGUACUAUCACGCUGUAACGCAGAGCAAAGGACUGUAAAAGACUGAAAAUCGCAAUAUUUUAUUAAACAUCAGUCAUAUUAACCGUUUUUCUUACUCUAAACAAAGUAUUUGUUGUUUUCUAACUUCGAGACCAAAGACUCUUGCUGCCGUCAAGAUGUUCCACAUCCACAGACUGAAAGAGGCUGACUCUAUCUUCUUGUUUUGAGUCUUAAUCAUGCAAACCACAGAGCUUUACCCAUAAAUUCAUGUCAGGUCUUCACUAACUCAUCCUUCAGGUUGCUUAUCCUGAAGUAACUAGACAGUAGUAGUAGUAGACAAGACAGCAGCAGCACAUAGAACCUACAACCUGAUUAAAAAAUACUGCAUAUAAUACAAACUAAUAAUAAAAUCUCAGGGGACAAGACAGAUGUGUUCAUGAGGAUAUUGUAAAACAGAUCAAAUAAAGUUUUUGUUCAUUUUG